UUUUUGUCUUACCUCACUAACGUACCAUCAUCAUAACCACAUACAUGGGUUACUACCAACGAGGUUGGUAUAGAACAACGCCUUGCUGUUUGUAAAGCCAUAAAGACGCCAUUGUCCAUCAAAAGACAAGGUUUCUUUGUUUCAAAGGUUUAUAUUUCGUUUAUUUAUACAUUGUCUAAAAGGUAGCGAGAUAUAUUUCGAGAACCCAAAAAAAGCGACUCCAGUUCAUUUUUGGUUCCUUUUGAGCAUUAUUGAUGCUUUCAUUCUUAUUUUUCAAUUGGUUUAUAAUCUUUAUUUAACGAAAUUUUUUCUUUUCUAAUUUGUUUAUUCAAUUGAUGGUUUACAGUUGGCUUUCUACUUGCAUUUUUUACCUUUCCUCAUUCCCUUUACAGCAACUAUUGUAAACGUCAAAUCUUUUUCUUUUUUUUCUUCUUCAUAUCUCAUCUAAACUUUACCUUCCAUAGGUUCUUUGCGUCUAAUUUCUUUGUUCCUCGCUCCUGUAUACUUCUUCAUCAACCAUGGUACGUCGUACUCGCAAGCUAUUAACAAUAGCCGUUUCGUUUCUUGUCUUUAUAUUUAUUCUUUUAAAAGUUCUUUUAUAUUUUCAAAAAUACUUGUACCUUUUACCGACAAAGCAAGCCAGAACUUUGUACCUGGGGCAGCAUGAUAUAGAAGCCAGUUCAGAAUAUUCCACAGCCUCUCAAUCGAGGAUCCCUAAAAUCAUCCAUCAAAUUUGGAAAGAUGAAAAUAUUCCUGAGAAGUGGUCAGGUUCUGUUAGUUCAUGCCGAGCCCAACAUCCGGAGGAGGAUGGAUGGACAAUAAACCUUUGGACCGACGAGAAGGUUUUAUCUUUUAUGGAAACCCAUUAUUCAUGGUUUAUGCCUAUUUAUAACAGUUAUCCUUAUGAUAUUCAACGCUUUGACGCUGUUCGCUAUUUUAUCGUAUAUCAUUAUGGUGGUAUAUACAUCGAUUUGGAUGUAGGUUGUAAAAAACCUAUGGAUCCAUUACUUGAUCAAACAACUUUCCUACUUCCUGUAACCGAACCGAUUGGAUAUAGCAAUGACUGGUUUGCUGCUACUCCAAAACAUGAUUUCCUUUACAAAGUGAUUACUUCUCUGUCCAAAUUUAACCAUCAGUAUUUUACGAAAUAUCCAACCGUGUUUCUGAGCACGGGCCCUUUGUUUUUUUCCAUAAUACUCUGCCAAUACUUGUCAGAGCCGCACAAUAAGGUGCGUAGUCUUCCUCCUGAUAUGUACGCAAAUGGCCCGGUCUCUUUUUUUUCGCAUGUUCAUGGUAGUAGUUGGCAUGGGUCGGAUGCCAGCGCGUACUUUUGGAUGCAAAACCAUAUACUUUACGUUAUUACACUCAUUACCAUAUGUAUUUUGGUGUUGGUGUUUGUAUUCGUCAAAUUCGUCACUGUUCGCCGAAAGAAUAGAUCCCAGCGCCGACGACAAAUGCAACAAGAGCUAAACCCUUAGAUUUUUAUUUUUGAUGAAAUGCAUAUAUUUUACAAGUAAUGACUCAAAAAGACCAUCCUUAGAAAACAGUAUAAAUUAUGGAGCGUGAGAAUAUUGUAAGAUGGAUGUUAAGUUAUAAUGUUCAUAAUUAAAUCCAAAUCUAUCGCAUCAUCUCGUCGCACGGAAUCCCGAAACAUCACCCGUAAGAAGCUUUUACGAGCUUUAUACUCUGAAUAUUCAAUGAGAGGCAUUAUCGUCUUAACAUGAUGGGUGUACUUCCUUCUUUAUUAUUAAAGACAGGAAAGAAAGAAACAAAAAAAAAAUUAUCGGUUAUUUAAGGCUGAUACAUACAAAACUGCAAACGCAUGUUAGAGCACUUCCAAUAUUUUAAUCACAUUAAAAAGACAAUUCCAUCAACUCGAACUUACCAUUGUUACCACGAAUAAACGCAUCACCAUAUUCGUUUGUUUUUUUACCAUUUACGAAUUCUUCUGUUUGUUCCAAGGCGAGAUUCAUAUAUCCAUCAAGACAACUCAAGAUUCCUAUAUACGAAUACAACAUUAGCAUUCGACUUUCCAACAAAAAGAACCACAACUCAUGGAUGAAGCUGACGACAAGAUGCAAAGUACAUCAUCCUUCGUUUUUCAUGACAAAUGUUCCACUUUCAACAUUUUCUGUACAUACCACGAUAAUCCACGCCAGAACUUAGACGGAUAACUACAGGUUUUCCAAUAACCUUGUUUAAAAAAUCGUUUGGCGAUGAAUCCAUAUUUCCUGACUUUUGCUUUUUUCAAGUUUUUGUAGCACCUGUUCGUUCGUUGAAACAGACACCCAGACGUAUUACGAGUAUUUCCUUCCAUACAACUAGACACCUCGUUAAGAUUAUAUUACACUAGCAUAACGUAAGCCUCUACGAAUCGGUAUACCAAAACAUCACAUUCGAGCGGAGGUACGAAACUGGUUUACUGCGUUACACAAUACUAAAU